AUGCCUAAUCAACUUCCUCUUGAGGAUGGACCAUACUCACUACAUGCGAUUGGUAUUGGUGCACAUGGAUUGACAUUUAUGGAUGCAACUACCCUUAUUGUUGACCAGAAAUGCGUGUCUGUGUUCAUACAGACAGACAAAGGCAUGUAUAAACCUGGACAAACAGUGCUGAUGCGAUUUAUUGCUUACAAGCCGACUCUGUUGCCAUACUCUGGAACAGUCGAAGUGUCUAUUACAGAUCCUAAUGACAACCUCAUUGCUAAGUGGAAAGAUGUCCGCCUAGACAGCGGUGUUGCUUUUAGAGACUUGCCAUUGUCAAUUGAGCCACCACUUGGAAUGUGGGCAAUAUCAGUCAGUGGAAAAUGUUUAGAGGGCAAACAAACAUUUCGAGUUGACAAAUACGUUUUGCCCAAGUUUGAGGUGACUGUCAAACCACCAUCGCUUCUCGUUUCUAGUGAUACAAGUGUAGAGGUAACAGUAACUGCCAAAUACACAUAUGGUCAACCAGUGAAAGGGACAUUAGAGCUGACAUUUUACCUAAUAACACGAUAUUAUUCUUAUUAUGGCAAACCACCUAAAAUAUUGCGAAUGUCAAACAUUAAAAUCGAUGGAACGAAAGCUUUUAUGCUUGACAGUAGCAAGAUUCGAAGUCUACGGGAAGAAUAUUACAUGGUGAAAACUAAUCUACCAAGUUCGGGACAGUUGGCUAUCAAUGCAUCUGUAACAGAGGAAUUGACAGGAACAACUUUGAGUGGUCAAGGUUUAACUUCUUUCUACAGUCAUUCCAUCAAAAUGGAGUUUCAUGAAUCAACUUCUAAAACGUUUAAGCCAGGCUUGUCAUUUGUUGCCAGGGUACUUGUUACAACACAGGAUAAUAAACCUGUGGAGGGAAAUAAUGUCACCGUUACUGCUAGUACCCAUAUUGAGUCGACUCCAUUUGUUGUUCAAGUUGUAGGAGGGAUUGCUGUGUUGAUAUACGAUGUACCAACAGGUGCCACGUGGCUGUCGCUGAAUGCUAAGUGUGAGGAUCCAAGAACAGGAAAUAUAGUGACCGCAAACAGUCACCCUAGCAUAAGCAAAUCUCCUAGCAAUAGCUUUAUCCAACUGUCAACGAGUACCUCGAGUACUCAAAUUGGCACGUCUUUGAAUUAUGGAGUCAAAUCGAAUUUUGAAUUUUCAAAACUCUACUACCAGGUAAUGGCUCGUGGCAGUUUGAUUGUGCACGGCUUUAGGCAGUUGAACAGCUCUGCUACUAACACUAGUCUUGAAGUCUGUGUUACCCAUGCCAUGGCUCCGUCGGCUCAGAUUGUGGCUUACGUGAUCACGACUGAUGGUGAAGUAGUUGCAGACAGUCUUUCGGUUUCUGUCGCCAUAGGCUUUGAGAAUUCGGUGAAUGUUUCAUUUGAUGUAACCGAGAAAAAGCCUGGCGACGAUGUAACAGUUACUGUCAAAGCGGCACCUGAUUCAUUCGUGGCUGUUGCUGCCGUUCACUAUAGUGUUGCAUUACUAGCAGACACCAAGGAUAUCACACAAGCACACGUUGUCAAUGAGCUUCAAUCAUAUGACAGUUCAACUCCAGAUUGGAAUAACAGUCCUAUGCGGGGGUUUCUUCAGAAAAAAAACAUUCUAUAUGGUGGCCGUGGUCAUCGGGUGGUCAAGAUGCACAUAGCAUAUUUGAUAAAGCAGGCAUCGCGGUAUUGA